GCCCCUGAUGCCAGCAGAGAAGCCCAGCUGAGAGCAGGAGGGAUUACUCCUUGUGCUGGUAUCCUGUGCCAAUAGCAGGUUAUGCCAGCUGUGAAACUGCAUCAGGCAGCGCAUAUUCUGGGACAGCCUGAGCUCCUCGGAAAGAGGGCCUACGCCUUCUCUCCUUUCCCUCAAGGCACCACGACUCAUUGCACAGCUAUGUGACAAACUGCUUCAUGGGCUGGAUCCAGGCUACUGUUCCUCUGAGUCACCUUAUCAAUGCCUUUCAUUCACCAAAAAGUUCCACUACUACUGCCAGCAAAGCAUCCAUACAGCCUGUCCAGAGGGACACCUCCCCAGAGCACGAGGCUCAGAAGACUGAGUCUUUAGUUAAAAAUUUAAGAGACCUGGGAUUGUCUGAUUUGAAACCUAACCAGUUCAAAGAGUUGGUGAACAGGUUACUUCCUGGCUACUGUGCAGAAAACAAAACCUCUUCACAGUGGCACACGUCGUACGUCUCUGCUCAGUCCUUCUUUGAAAAUAAGCAUGGUUUUGUGGAUGUUUUCAGUGUUUUACGCUCAUCUUGUUUGUACAGACAACAUCCCAAUCCCCUCCAAAAUUUCUGUUCAGGUGUUCGAUGUUGGCCAGUGUACAUACAGUCACGGAACUUUAAGACUUUGAGAUCAAGAGCAAGACGCCUACAGUCAACAUCUGAACAAUUCACAGAAACAAAAAGUUCACUUUCUUCACUUUUGAAGGGCUUUAUCCUGAGAAAGCGACGAAUUGAUGUUGAAAACUUAGAUGCGCUAAUGAAAACAAAAAACAUCCCAGAGGCACACCAGGAUGCUUUUAAAACUGGUUUUGCAGAAGGCUUUUUGAAAGCCCAGGUAUUCCUACAAAAAACACUCGAUUCCUUAAGAAGAUCACGUUUGCUUUCUUUCUUUCUCUUCGUUCUUUGUUUUUAUCUUGCUAUAUAUUCAUCAUUUUUACCUGGGAAAGGUUCCUUUUCCGAUGCUGUACGCUUUCGAACAUCAAGUAUCUUUGAUGCAGCAGUUGAUCCAAUCCAGUUGAAAAAUGUCACCUUCGAACAUGUAAAAGGGGUUGAAGAAGCAAAACAGGAAUUGCAAGAAGUUGUGGAAUUUCUGAAAAACCCACAUAAAUUUACUGUAUUAGGAGGUAAACUUCCAAAAGGUAUUCUGUUAGUUGGACCACCUGGAACUGGUAAAACACUUCUUGCACGAGCUGUAGCUGGUGAAGCUGAUGUUCCAUUUUAUUAUGCGUCUGGAUCAGAGUUUGAUGAGAUGUUUGUUGGUGUAGGAGCGAGUCGCAUCCGAAGCCUGUUCAGGGAAGCAAAAGCAAAUGCACCUUGCGUUAUAUUUAUUGAUGAAUUGGACUCUGUUGGUGGGAAGAGAAUUGAAUCUCCAAUGCACCCCUAUUCAAGACAGACCAUUAAUCAACUUCUCGCUGAAAUGGAUGGAUUUAAACCGAAUGAAGGUGUUGUUAUUAUUGGUGCAACAAACUUCCCUGAAGCAUUAGAUAAUGCUCUAAUACGUCCUGGUCGCUUUGAUAUGCAAGUUACUGUUCCCAAGCCUGAUGUGAGAGGUCGUACAGAAAUUCUGAAGUGGUACCUUAAUAAAAUCAAGUAUGAUCCAUCUGUUGAUCCAGAAAUAAUUGCACGAGGCACAGUAGGAUUUUCAGGAGCAGAGCUUGAAAAUCUUGUGAAUCAAGCUGCCCUGAAGGCAGCUGUUGAUGGAAAAGAUAUGGUAACCAUGAAGGAACUAGAAUUCUCCAAGGACAAAAUUCUAAUGGGACCUGAACGUAGAAGUGUAGAAAUUGAUGAGAAAAACAAAACCAUCACUGCUUACCAUGAGUCUGGACAUGCCAUCAUUGCAUAUUAUACUAAGGAUGCAAUGCCAAUCAACAAGGCCACAAUCAUGACACGAGGAACAACACUGGGACACGUGUCUUUGCUCCCAGAAAAUGACAGAUGGAGUGAGACUAGAUCCCAGUUGCUUGCACAGAUGGAUGUCUGUAUGGGAGGAAGAGUAGCAGAAGAGCUCAUAUUUGGAACUGAUCACAUCACGACAGGUGCUUCCAGUGAUUUUGACAACGCUACUAAAAUUGCAAAACUGAUGGUGACUAGAUUCGGAAUGAGUGAGAAGCUUGGUGUUAUGACCUACACUGAUACAGGGAAAGUCAGCCCUGAAACCCAGUCUGCAAUUGAACAGGAAGUAAGGACGCUUCUACGGGACUCAUAUGAGCGAGCAAAGAACAUCCUGAAGACUCAUGCAAAAGAACACAAGAAUUUAGCAGAAGCUUUAUUGAAAUAUGAGACUUUGGAUGCCAAAGAAAUCCAAAUUGUUCUAGAGGGGAAAAAACUAGAAGUAAGAUGAUAACUUCUGGGAUAUGUAACUGAUAAUUUGAAGAAUGUACAUCUAGCAAUGCAGUAGUCUUACGCAGCAUAGCCUUUUUUUCUCUUCCUGAUGUGUGUAUGGCAUUAGUGUCACUUAAUAUUAGUCUGUCUCUUGUGAGCUUCUGUUAACUCAUCUAUUUGUUGUGUCUCAUCAGAAAAAGACACAAAAUAAAGCUAGUUUCUCAUCCUCUGUUCCCUAUACUCUUCGCACAAGAAGUUAUUCAGGCGGCUAAAUCUCAGGGUUGAAUUCAGCAUUUUGGUUCAAUCAAAUGUGUUGAAGCUGAGAAGAAAAGUGUGCAGAUACACUGGUGUGUCUUGGCACAGCAUCCUGGGCCAUGCUGCUAUGUGUGCAUUUGAAGUGAUACCUCACAGUGUGUGCUAUGGAAUGUGUUAUGGAGAGUGACAGAGAUGUAAAACAGUAGUGUGUAGUGUAACUAAUGCUCAUACUCUAUUUGAGGCUAGAGACCACUAUUAAAGACUUCUUAUUUAGAAAUGUAACAAGACAUCUCUACGAAUGAAGUAGCUACAUUGUGGGAGCUCCAUGUUAGGCAAAAACAUCAGUGGUCAUGUUUCCAGUACUCUUGGGAUUAAAAUUACACACGUGUAUGGCUGGGAGAGAAAUUUUAAUGCAAAACCAACAGGCUAAAUGUGUCUAAGCCUCUUUGGACGAUGUUUGGGGCAGAACCAUGGCAGGGAUAAGAGAAAUACCUGUGAUCUCUGAUGUGCUGCUGACAAGAUUCUUAAAAUUUUUAUAACUGUAGUAAAUGGAUGACAGUGGUUUGAUGACAGUGCUUUUACACUGCUGAAGAUUCUACAGAAUUAGUUUCUACUAAUACUAUGUAUGGGUGUUUGAUAAUCCAACAGAUAAUUUCUUCAAAGAGGGCAAUGUUGCUUACUAAAGAGUAGUUCAGAAAAUGUUUGAAGCAUGUGUUGUUUCAAAUAACAUUCCCAGUUCUGUUGUACAGUAGAAGUAAAGAAAUAAAACCUUUUCUUUCAAUCCGUGCAGAAACCUCUGGAAAUUCUAAGAAAAUAAGAAAAAAGUUUCAAAAACAAAAGCAGUUUCCAAUCAAGUGGAAGUGAUUGCUAGCAAUUAAAUACCAGUAAUCUUUUGAUCUCAUGGAACUGGCUUUUAUGAAUAACACAUCUUGAUAAUAAUCUUUCUGCACAAUCAGUUGUAGCCUUGUGGGACUAUAAGCUUGUGUUGCAGAGAGGGCCUGUUUUAGCAUAUUAAUGUUGAAGGUUACCGUACUUGGACAUUAAAAUAGUUGGGCUGGUGCCAAUAAGUGUGAGUGGAAACUGGUAGCUACACCUAAAACUAUAAGUAACAGUAUUUUAGAAUUUUCUGAGUAAUGCUUGAUUAUAACUUAGUUUUUUAGUAGGAGCACAUGCAUUUUUUUUCCUUUCAAAACCAGAGUAACUUUCUUUUUGCCUGUUUUUGUCAGCUUACUAUAGUGACAUCCCACUCCGUGUGGGAGAACUUCCAAAUGUUAUAAAACAGUAUACAAAAUGUCUAGGCUGACUAGUUAGAGUUGUACAUGUAUUUUAGAAAUAUGCCAACAGAAACAGAAAUAUACUGCAUAUUUGGCAUCUGUUUUUGGAGUAAUAAAGGUUAAUUUUAAUUAUGCA